AUGUCCGAGACCGAGACCAAGCUUACGAAGAAGCAGUUAAAAGCUCAGCAGUUCAAGAAGACAAAAGAGGACCGUGAACAGGGCAAAGAACAAAAGAGGAAGCAUGCAGAAGAACCAACAACCACUGAAAGUGAACCCGUAAAGAAGAAGAGAAAAACCAGGCGAGGCCGUGGUGGCAAGGGCCGUAAUGGCGACAAGAAGGGCAACAGAUUUAUCGUAUUUGUCGGAAGCUUACCAAAAGACAUCACCGCUACAGAACUACAAGCCCAUUUCAAAUCCAGUUCCCCCGAUCAUAUACGUAUGAGAAGUGACAAAGGCAUAGCAUUCCUAGAGUUUGACGCUGACAAGGACAAGCACAAUAUCCAGCGCCGCAUGGACGUUGCUCUUCUACAACAUAGAACACUACUUAAGGACAAGCGCAUUAACGUUGAACUCACCGUCGGUGGAGGUGGGAACAGUUCAGAUAGACUCGAAAAGCUAAAGAACAAGAACCUAAAGCUCGAAGAUGAGCGUCGGGAGCGGGUGAAGAAGAUGGUCGAAGAAGGAUCUCAAAAGAAAGCUGCCAACGCCGCAACAAAGCAGCAAACAGUACAGAACUCAGAGCCGGGUCAAGCGCUGCACCCAGACAGAGCUAAAUUGAUCCAGUAG